GAGAGGCACGGUGGGAAUAAAGUGCCUUGCCCAAGAACACAACGCAAUGUCUCCAGUCAGGACUCGAAUCCAGACCGCUCAAUCCGGAGACGAGCGUACUAACCAUGAGGCCUAGGCCUCUCCAACAAGGCCUGGGUGCUAGAUUAAAAAAAUUGCUAUAACAUCUGAAUUCUUUGCUCAUAUUUUCAAUAACUUUAGUCGCCAAAGAGAAAGUUGACAACCUUUACCAAGAAAACGAAGCUCUGAGGGAUCAGCUGCGGCAGCGAGACGAGUUAUUGACCACACACUCAAGGAACCAGUCCAUGGUUGAAAACGAGGCUGAGCCUAUCACAGAUACCGCUGACUUAACGUCUGCAGAAGCUGUGAGCAGUGCCUUCUUGGAGAUCUUGAAGAGAGAGAAUAAUGCUCUGAUAAGCGACAGUGAAGAACUCAAGUCCCAGGUGGAACAUUUGAAAAGUAUGCUUCGUGAAAAGGAGAAAGAGUUAGAGAGGGUUAUGGAGAAGUUGGCCGCAUCUCAUGCGGAGUGCAAGAAGACAUCCCAAACGUUGAAGACUAGAGAAAAAGAGAUCGCCAGACUGGAAGCGAAGCUAGAUAGGACCGAAGGAGAGUUACGAAAUACUCAUAACAGAGUGGAAACAUUGGAAGAAAAGGGUAAACAGCUGUACGAGGAGAUUCAGAGCGAGAAACGCAAUACUGAAGAGACCAAAGAGAGGUUUGUUGCUUUGAGUAGAGCGCUUGAGGAUUCCGAAAACAAGAUCAAAACUUUGGAGACAGACCUGACACAACGAUUAAACCAAGUGAAAGCUAAACGGGACAGAGUAGAAACCCUGGAAGAGGAAAAUGCCAAAUUAACCCAAGAGCUCGACUACCUGAGGCGGCAAAACAGCGCUGCAACUGAAUCUCAUCUCGCUACGACCAAGCAAUUGAGGGAGAAAGACCAUAGAAUACAAGCGCUCGAGGAUGAUUAUAAAGAGAAGCAAAACCAACUCAGGUUUCUGGGAGAGAAAGUUGAAAUUCUCACCUCGGAGAACAACCGCUUAAACGAAGAACUUGAACACACGGGACAAAAGUUUAUGAAUGCUGAGAGGUCUUACCGUCGAGUUUCGAAGGCGUUAGAAGAUUGCAGGAAGAAGUUUCAAAACAUCGAUAUCGGCCAGGACCUGUGGCAGAAUGAAACAGGGGAAGGACCGGAGCCGAGCAACAGAGAGGACUUGAAGGAUAAUGGCGAUCAAACAUCACGAGACAAGGUAGCCAAGAAGUGCUCUAACUGUGAUCAACUGAAGGAAAAACUUCGCGAACAACAAGACUCCUACGAGCUUAAGAUCCGGGACCUUGAGGCUUGUAUACGGGAUCUAACGGCCGAGAAGGUAGCACUGAAGCAGAAAGUAGCUAAAGAAAGACGGAGCAGUGAAGAAUUCACGAGCCGCGUGCAGCAGAUGGUGCAACAACUGGAAACUGGACAGAAAGGAAAUCAACCGGAGAGUGACGGGAAUCUGAGAAGAGGACAACUGCUAGAAAAAGAGAACUUUUUUAACAUGGUGAAACGAUUCUUCACGGAGCACGAGGGUUUGAAAGAUCAUGCGCAGAAGUGCCUGGGCGAUCUAAGGCAAUUGCAAGAGUACUUUCAAGGCUGUUCGAAUGGAGCCAAAGAUGUCAUCAGUCAUGCGCAUGUGUUCGAAACGGUUGCUAAGCGGAUGUCGCUUUUGAAGUCGCUUCUGGAGUCGGUGGUUAACGAGUUAGGGCGACCAUUGAAAGAAGAAGAAAGCGAUAUAGAAGGAAACGAAGAUUUCCCUUUGGAGGCAAGCAUAAGAGCAGAGAUGUCGUGGGAUAAUUACGAGAGAGAAGUUGCUUAUAAAGCUUUCAAAGGCGAUGUGGAGGACAUUCUUCAACAGAUUGAGACAGAUAAGAAACGGUUCGAGAAAAAAGCGGAGGAACUCCAUGAAGUCAAAAGGGCGCAUAUGGCACUCAAAAAGGUCAGGAAAAGGUCCAGGCAAGUUAUCGAAAGAGCUCUCGCGCAGAAUGAAAUUGAGGACUUUCAUGAGGAAGAGCCACGAGAGGACAACCAAACAGGCUCCCAGGAAACAAAUACCCUGAUGGACAGCAGAGAUGGCGAGGACUUGGUGGAGGUCAUUAAACAGUUACUUGACAAAAACAGAGAGGAGUUGGAAUUGAAAAUGAGUGGAUAUUUCAACAGCUUGGAAAACACCAUAAGACAACAUGCACAGCCUGUUGUGUCGCCAGAUGAGACAAGGCAGAAAUUUGGCUCAGAAAACGUCAAAGACGCCAUUGAUGGCAAAUACGCGAUCGGGGAGCUGGAUCUAGUUAAAAGAAAACUCUCGGAUGUACAAAAGAGUAUCAAGCACCUCAUUGGCUCUUUGGCAGAGAUUGAACAUGAAAAGAACUCUGUCGAGUCGAAAAUGGAUUUGUUAAACGGAGAGCUCAGUCGAAAACAGUCGCAGUAUGACGCAAUUAGCGAAGAUCUGAAACGAGCCACGAAGACGGCUUCGGAGCACGAAAUCUCGUUCCGAAACCGACUCGACGCACUUUCGUCGGAAAAAGACCAGAUCAACUCGGAGCUCCGAAGAAUGGUCGGAAUUCUCAAAGAGAAAGAACUUGAACUGAUUGCGAAGUCACAACAGUUGAAAAAUUUGCAGACCGCCUUUGAAGACGAAGAGCGCGCCUUGAAAAACAAGCUUGACUCACUUGAACAGGAAAAUAACAGCCUGUGGUUGGAUUAUAAAGAGGCUGAUAAGCGCGCGGAAAUUAAAGAGAAGGAGUUCAAAGAGCUCUCGGAACGACUCAAGAAAAGCCAAGGAUAUAUUCAUUCAGUGUUUAGCAGCCUGACCAAUAUGGACGACGAGUUGCAGAAAGCGCGGGACAUUGAAGUGUUUAGCGAGCAAGAGUAUAACUGAGCUAUGGACUGAGUAAUUAGGAAAAGAAGUGCUUUGUUAUUUAUAAUUAGAGAACUCUUUCACACUAAAACCUGCCGAACUGGAUUUACCGGUUUUCUUCAAAAACCUGUUUAACUGCAUCUUCCGCACGAAAAAGCUUAUUUUGAGCAAUUUUGUUGAACGAGACUAACAGAUAUUUACAAUAACGCCCGACCUAUAAGUUCCCGAAAAUAAUGUAAAUAUUAAUUACUAUACCCCUGUAAAAGAGAUUGAAGUGUGUAUUUAUUUAUUUUAUUAUUUUGUAUAAAUAAAGUUACUAACAGUUGUUAGGCUCAAUGCAUUCAUUCCUUCCCCUGAAGGAAAGAAAGAAAUACCCCUUUGCCUCCAAGUUUACAACAAACCUUGCACUAAGCUAGAGUGAGCGUGUUGCUGAUUUGCUUGAAUGAGGGUAUUAACCCUUUCAUUCUGAGGUUAAAAACAAAAUUGAUUCAUCAUACUAACCGCUAAAAAUUUCUUUCAAUGUUUGCCCGUCAGUGGAAUGAGUUUAUACCCAAGCACUCAACAGCGAGAUUGACAAAAGGAACGGGUUGUUCGAAAGCCCGUUAACGCUAACCCAGAAUAAAAAGUUUACUGAAUUAUAAAUAUUUCUUCUAAUUU